GGUUACACUAGCGAUGGUAUCACAGUGAAACCGCUAUGCUGGGACACAUGGCUGCCUAGGGUAGCUGUAAGGCAAUACCAUGCUUCUGGGCAAAACCAGCAGGGACCCUCAGUAGCUGAGAGAAAACCUGGGAACGCUUCAGAUCAUGCAUUCAGCAGAAGGCUGGAAUCUUACGAUCCAGGUCCUGAAGAUCUAACAGAUGACCACCCAUCACACUACAGAGGGGCUUUUAUUGCAUCCAGGCUGGAAUUAGCCCAAAGAUACUACUUGGAGUAGACAAUGAACAACACUGCUAAGUGCCAUGAUGAUCACACCCUGGAUAAGUAUUUGUUUCCAUUUGUGUACAGUAUUGUGAUGAUGAUCAGUAUUCCCAUCAACUGCAUAUCCCUCUAUGCAUCUUGCAUUCAGGUGAGGAAAAAGAAUGAGUUAGCAGUCUACCUCUUCAGCUUAUCCCUGGCUGACCUUUUGUACUCUCUGAUUCUGCCUCUCUGGAUUGAUUAUGCCUGGAAUGGAGAUAAUUGGAGAUUCUCUGCCUUGCUUUGUCAGAUUUCUGCCUUCCUUAUGUAUAUGAAUUUCUACACCAGCACUGCGUUCCUUGCUUGCAUCUCUCUUGACAGGUACCUGGCAUUAGUUCAUCCCUUGAAGCUCCAGUACUUGCGCACAAGAAGAUUUUCAUUGAUUGUCAGCAUAAUUGUUUGGCUUCUGGAAAGCAUCUUGAAUUCAGUCAUAUUGGUGUACAAAGAAGUAUUCAAUGAUCCUUGCAAUAUCACAAAUCAUACAUUAUGCUAUGAUAAAUACCCCCUGGAAUUGUGGCAGGCACGGAUAAAUUUACUCCGGAUAUGCUCAGGUUACCUGGUCCCUUUGAUAAUCAUUGUGGUUUGCUACUAUAAAAUCUACCAAGUAGUGAGGCGUAAUCAAGCUACAGUAGAAGAAGAAAAGAAAAAAGUGAGGAAACUCAUUCUGAAUAUAACAGUUACUUUCAUUGUUUGCUUCACUCCUUAUCACGUAGUAUUGCUUUUUCGCAGCAUCAGAGAACCUUACACCACUGACCCACAGAUUUUGCAGUUGAUAUAUAAGGUUUACAGAAUCACACAGGCCUUAACAAGUUUGAAUUGCAUUGCUGAUCCCAUUCUUUACUGCUUUGUGAGUGAAACUGCACGAACAGACAUACUGAAUUUGCUCAGGUGUUGCUUGUGCCAACAAAAUAGUGAAGGAGACCAAGUGAAAGACCAUGCUCUGUGCAGCUGUGCUACAAAGAGCAGUGCACUCAUCACCUACAGAACUUCCUGUGAAAUGGAGACUGUCAAAAAUGCCUGACCAAGCACAUUCAAAGCAAAAUUGGAUAACCUAAAGGGGAAAGAGGGAAAAAUUCUUCCCCGGUCUGUACCUAGGAAAUACCCCAAAAGUCACAGAUACUAAGUGAAACCAGUAGCUGGAACUAAUAAGAACUUGUUACAGCAUCAAUUAAAUCAAUGGAACAUCAACACAUAUCUUUAAAUCAGGCAUGGUACAUAAAUCAAUGUCAGCAAAGACAAUCAACAAAACCACAGUCAAGAAAGAUGACCAUGACACGCUGACAAAAGUACUGAGGAUCACCACAGAACUGCCUCCUGUCUCAGCUUUAGCUAGCCCGUCUGCUGGGCAUACACGUACUCAGCUGGAGGAAGGCUGAAGUCCUCUUAACCUAGUCAUUUGUUUUCCAGUUUUAGUAGAAACAUAAAUCUUAGCUGGGAAGGAGCCCCAAGAGGGAUUUUUUUAAAAUCAGUACUGUGAUAGAAGUGAAUAAAGCAUGCACACACAUGGAGAUCAUUCAAGUGAUUGACAGUGAAGCAGACAGAGGGACAGUGGUAAAUCCUCUCUCUAAUUUCAUGGUGUAAUUUAUGCUGCUAUGAUGUUUCAUGGUUUCAGUAAUGACUCGAGUUCUCCUUCACCAUACCCCUGAGAUUAGCCACUUAAAAUUGUUUACCUCAUGGGGAUGGGUACUUACCUGCUCUUAAGCUUUUCAGCUUUUGUUUUCUUUGGGAAAUACAUGUUCUAAUGUAUAACCAUAUGUAAUGGAGUUUCAUUACAAUAUCAAUAUUGGAUUUCAGAUAGUUGGAGAAUCAUUAUUUCAGGUGCCUAUAAAGAACCAAAUUCUAGCUACCGGUGGUUUAACUCAGAUGAACUUUUUCCUGAUAUAUGCAGGGAGGAAAGGGAAGGAUUGAAGGGAGAGGUUUCAUAUCUCCACCUUUAGCCUUGCUUAUUAUGACUGAAAUCUGGAGUGUGGUUACAUUUACAGAGUCAAUAGAGAAAGGUUUAUAUUCAUUUACUUAACCUAGAGGCACCUGGAGGCCUCAGCUAGAGGUUCCAGGGUUCUCAGUCUGCCAGUUUUAAAGAAAUCAAACAACAAACCAACAAGCAAUACUGACAAACCAGAAAAGAACAUGAAUGUACCAACAAACAAUAAGAAUGGCAGCAAAAGAGCCCACAUUUUGAAAGGGUUGAAGUUAGCACAAAUCAAAAGUACAGCUGUUAAUUCAGGGAUCUGUUCCUGUGUAGGGCCCUGCAACAGCUGCGUGGUUCCCUGGUAGCAGGGGGCACUUGACCCUCUGAAAAGAGUUGAAACACCAUGGAAAGUCUUUUGUGUCUCUUCUCACAACCUUUUUACUUUUGUUCAGUUGCCAGGAAGAGUGUUUGGUAAUAGUGGUUGUCCAGUUUCAUAGGGAGAAAUUUUUUUUUUCCCCAUCAAAAAAAAAAACCUUCUAUGAAGUCUGUGUAGUGGAAAGAUUUUGACCAGCACUUUUUCAGCAGACUUCUAGGUUUGACAUUAUACUUGGAGGAUGAGCAUACAGUGGUCACAAGCAAUAUGGAAAUUGUUAUGAGAAGAUCCCUCUGCAUGUAAAUUACAAAAUUCUCCAUUACAAAGAUCCACUUUCAUUGUUUACAUGAGUUCCUCUUUGUGUCUGUUUAUACUUUCCAUUAAUUUCACAUUCCGAGAGGGGAACUUGGGAGGCUAAGGAGGCUGGGCUUGUUCCGCCUGGAGAAGAGAAGGCUUUGGGGAACCUAAUGGCAAUUCCUGCAAAGAGGGUAUUGAGAAGAUGGAGCCAAGCUCUUCACAAGAGUGCACAGCAGGAGAACAAGAAAUCAUGUGCGUAACUUGGAGCAAGAAGGGUCAGAGUUGAUAUAAGGAAAAACUUUUGAACUAUGAGGACUGCCAAGCAGUGGAGCAGGUUGCACCAAGAUGUUCUGCAUGCUCCGUCUUGACAGGUUUUCAAGACCCAACUGAACAAAGCCCUGAACAACCUGGUCUGGCCUCACAGCUGACCUUCAUGUGAGCGGAAGGUUGGAUUAGAGACUUCCUGAGGUCCCUUCUAACCAGAAUUGUCCUGUGAACCUAUGAACUAUUCUGGCUGUUUCCUUUCUCUCUAAAAAGUAUGUUCCUUUCCCUUAUUUGUUUCCAUUUGCUGGAUUUUGCUUUGUUUUG